GAGAACUUCAAUGUACUGAAGUUUCCACAGAUCCAUCUUCCCAACAUAUCUCUGUAGCUACUCCAUGAGAUCUCUCUAAUCCACAACCUAUUUUUAAUAAAAAUCGAAGGUUUUUUUUUUGUCUCCGAUGAAAAGCAAAAUCUACCACCAACAAAAUAGCAAUAACAGUGUUGUAGGUAGCGAUAAUGGUUGCCGAAGUGAGUCUCCAAGCCCACCUUUAUCUCCGAACCGCCGUGUCCCUCGUCGUCAACGGCGGCACUCUCUUUUCAGAGCUUCUUCUUUCUCUGUCCGGAGAAAGCUUCGUUACUUGCUUCUCCUUCCUAUGAUUUACGCUUCUGGGCUUCUCAUGUGUGUCGGUCCUUUCUCGGGUCUUGUCGGGUGGGUCUAUGUUCCCGGGUCUGUUUAUCGGAGCCCCGAGAUUUACCGGAAACUCCGAGAUGACAUUCUCGCUGACAAUUCCACCGACGUCGAGUUUUCUUCUGUGUGGAAAUUUAAAAGGAGACCAAAAGUGCAAAAACCUUGUCCGAAUUCGACAGCUACAUCACAUCUUGGUCUUAACGGAGAAUCAUCUGCUCUUACGUUUAGUGGUUACUUGAUUGUGGAGGCAAAUGGCGGUCUUAAUCAGCAACGUUCGGCGAUUUGCAAUGCUGUGGCUGUCGCGGGACUCUUAAACGCAGUCUUAGUCAUACCGGAGUUUGAAUUUCACGCCAUUUGGAAGGAUUCAAGCACCUUUGGGGAUAUCUAUGACGAAGAUCAUUUCAUAUCUAGCCUCGACGGAUAUGUGAAAGUUGUGAGACAUGUCCCGGAUGAGGUUAUGGCUCGUUUUGAUUACAACCUUACAAGUAUACCUUCUAUUCGCGUUCAAGCUUGGGCUACUGUGAAGUAUUAUAAUGGGGAAGUCUAUCCAGUGUUAAAGGAACAUGGGGUUAUACGGAUUUCUCCUUUCGCAAAUAGAUUGGCGAUGAGUGUUCCACCAUAUAUCCAACUUUUAAGGUGCAUAGCUAAUUACAAAGCUUUGAAGUUCUCUUUACCCAUAUCAACACUAGCUGAAAAGUUAGUCGAUCGGAUGGUUGAGAAAAGCUCAGAGACCGGGGGAAAGUAUGUCGCAGUCCACCUUCGAUUUGAGGAGGACAUGGUGGCCUUCUCUUGUUGUCUCUAUGAAGGAGGAAGAGCUGAAAAAUCUGAAAUGGAUGUUUUUCGGCAGAAAAGUUGGAAAGGAAAGUUUAAACGAAGAGAUCGUAUCAUUAGGCCUGAUCUUAACCGCGUUACUGGAAAAUGUCCCCUUACCCCAUUAGAGGUCGGUAUGAUGCUCCGUGGUAUGGGAUUCGAUAACAACACUUCCAUAUAUUUGGCCUCGGGAAGAAUCUACCAACCCAAGAAACAUUUGGCUCCUCUACAGGAAAUGUUUCCUCGUCUAUACACAAAAGAGUCUCUUGCAACUCUGGAGGAGCUUGCCCCCUUUGAGGGAUAUUCCUCCAGGUUGGCUGCUCUGGACUACACGGUCAGCUUGUUAAGUGAAGUGUUUGUGACAACUCAAGGAGGAAAUUUUCCUCAUUUUUUGAUGGGCCAUCGGAGAUUCCUCUUCGGUGGACAUGCAAAAACUAUCAUACCCGACAAGCCCAAACUUGUUCUCCUACUUCAGGACAUGCAAAUGAGUUGGGAAGUUUUCAGAAAGGAGAUGAAACAGAUGCUAGGGGAAAGCGAUAGAAAGGGAGUGAUGGUACCUAGAGUCAGAAAGAUCAACCGGAAAACUUCCAUUUACACAUACCCUUUACCCGAAUGUGAAUGCAUCUUUCAUCUCUCUUCCAAUUUUUCGACUACCAGAAACAUCCAUAAUCUUGGAGCUCUUCGUCCAACUUCCAACCUCAUGAGUUCUGCAAGACUAUAGCAUUUAUGUCUUUUUGACACUUGCUCUGUAGCUUUGAGCCUGGUCCUGAACAUUGUUUUUGCUCUUGUUGAAAGCAAGCAAAUCAGAUAUGGAGGAGAUAUUUAUGAGGAAACCUUGGAGUUGACAUUUAUAACACAAAAAAGUGUAAGAACUCUUCAGAAUUGAAGGUGUGUUCUGGUCUUUUAGGAGCUAGGGCAAUCACAAAAACAAGGGUGUGAUCUUCUGUACUUAAUGUUUUAUCUUUUUGUUUAUUACUUACGUUGUGGCCCUAAAUUGUUCAAGUGUAUAGAAGUUUACGUCGCUCUAUUGAAAUAAAAUUAUUUGUCUUAAUUGUUUGUAAGCAAUACCUGUCACUUCAUAUUGUC